AGAGCUAGCAAGGCUGUUGCCCAGAACAUAAUAAAGCACUGUGUAGUGAGACGUCACAAGACUGAUUUUGCAUAGGGCUUAGUCAAGGCUUUUGGAACCGCCCUCAGCUGCACCUUGUGCUAUAUUAGUACUUCUCAGACAGGAAGAAUUUUCUUUCACUGGCGUAGCUGGUCCGGUUACCUUUGGAGCCUGUAUCCAAGCCCUACAUCUCUGGAUAUUGCUUGCCACCUGUGUUGUUGUUCUAGGACAAAACAAGGACAGAAGAACUCAGAGUACCUUAAGGAAGAUUGGAUAACCAAGAAAUGACUAAUCAAGAGUCUGCUGUACAUGUGAAAAUGAUGCCAGAAUUCCAGAAAGGUUCUGUUCGCAUCAAGAACCCUGCACGAGUAGAAGAAAUUAUCUGUGGUCUUAUCAAAGGAGGAGCUGCCAAACUUCAGAUAAUAACAGACUUUGAUAUGACACUAAGUAGAUUUUCCUACAAAGGGAAGAGAUGCCCAACAUGUCAUAAUGUCAUUGACAGCUGUAAACUGGUUACAGAUGAAUGUCGAAAAAAGUUAUUGCAACUAAAGGAAAAAUAUUAUGCUAUUGAAGUUGAUCCUGUUCUUACCGUGGAAGAGAAGUACCCUUAUAUGGUAGAAUGGUAUACUAAGUCACAUGGUUUACUUGUUGAACAAGCUUUACCAAAAGCUAAACUUAAAGAAAUUGUGGAAGAAUCUGAUGUUAUGCUCAAGGAAGGAUAUGAAAAUUUCUUCGAUAAACUCCAACAACACAGUAUCCCUGUGUUCAUAUUUUCAGCUGGUAUUGGUGAUGUAUUAGAGGAAGUUAUCCGUCAAGCUGGUGUUUAUCAUCCAAAUGUCAAAGUAGUGUCCAAUUUCAUGGAUUUUGAUGAAAAUGGGGUGCUCAAAGGAUUUAAAGGAGAAUUAAUUCAUGUAUUUAACAAACAUGAUGGUGCCUUGAAGAACACAGAAUAUUUCAAUCAACUAAAAGACAACAGCAACAUAAUUCUGUUAGGAGACUCCCAAGGAGACUUAAGAAUGGCAGAUGGAGUAACCAAUGUUGAACAUAUUCUGAAAAUUGGAUAUCUAAAUGAUAGAGUGGAUGAGCUUUUAGAAAAGUACAUGGACUCUUACGAUAUUGUUUUAGUAAAAGAUGAAUCAUUGGAAGUAGCCAACUCUAUCUUACAGAAGAUUCUAUAAAUAAGCAUUCAUCAGGAAGAUCUCUCUCCCAUGGGAGCAAUUGAUUCAAAAACUGCUUAUUUGUUCAUCCUGGUCUGAAAGUGUCUUAUUUAUAACAUAUUCUUGCUCUCAAAGUUUUCCUUUACGUAAGUAUUUUUACACAUGUUGAAUCCAUCAGUUGUUAUUGUCAGGUGUCAUUGAGUCGCUUCCUACUCAUGGCAACCCCAUGUACAACAGAACGAAACACUGCCGCGGCCUGCACCAUCCUCACAAUCAUUGCUAUGUUUGAGCCCA